GCCAGGGCCGUGGUUUAGAUUUUCAAAAGGGACCUGCCAAGAUUCAGGCUGAGAAAGUCUACAGCAGAGGCAGCAUGGAGGACGAUUUUGCUUGCCAAGUCAAGAAGAUGGCCUUGGCCAUGGGAGCAUCCCUGACAGACAAGGAUAUUGACCUGCUGCCUUCAGACAUGAGGCAUCAUGCUUCCUUCAACUACGCCAAAUUCUUCGAAUAUAUGCAGAAGUUUAUGGCAUCAGAGGAGCGGGAAUCACACUUGAAAAAGGCUUUCCAGUUGCUCGACAAGGACGGCAGCGGCUUCAUUGAAUGGAAUGAAAUCAAGUAUAUUUUAUCCACAGUGCCCAGCAACAUGCCCGUGGUGCCCUUAUCAGAUGAAGAAGCUGAAGCCAUCAUCCAGGCUGCUGAUACAGACGGGGACGGGCGGAUCGAUUUCCAAGAGUUUUCAGAUCUGGUCACAAAGGAGAAGAUUCCAAAGAAAAAAUAGAAGAGGGGCAGACGGACCUCCUUCAACCUCCCUACUCUGAGUGUUGUGCAGGGUGGGAGUACUGGAGCUUGCCUAUCUAUGUCUCUCCUCAUGAUGCUGUUCUUGUCGAAAGACCCCUCUGUAUUACUUUGAAGGAUGGGCAGUAGGAGAUCUGCAGCCGAGUCAGGUUUUGCUAAGAUGACCUGUAAGCGCACACUCAGGGCUUCU